CAAAGAAAUUGGUUGUGAAAUCUGAACCAAUCAUGCUGGGAAUGAUUUUUCGCGGGAUCUUUCUCAUUGGUAUACUCACCUGGUACAGCACCAACGUGUGGAAAAUGAUCGACGGUUACUUCAGGGAUCAGUUUCGAAGCUACCUGGAGGAGGAGUAUCGCAAGAAUCCGCGAAUGAAGAGCGACCUGCAGGGUCACUUAGCCGAUAAAACGAUUCCCGUUGUUACCACGACGAAGCCGGAAACGACGGUGGCGCCUGCGCCGGAGAUCAUCGAAACCGAGCACGUGGACACGCCUGCGGUCGAAGUUGCAGAAAAUGAUUCUGCGAUCGAGAAUAAAGAGGUGACAGGUGGCACUAGUGAAAACGAGACCGCAGGGGGAUUCACCGAUAAAAAUGCAUUCCUGGGAACCGCCACGGAAUCCCUAGUGGAAAGUAGGAAGUGGUCCGAGAACGAAAAGGAAUCUCAACAAGUCAUUAAUUACGAGGAUCGUGGCCUCGAGCACCGGGAGAACGACGACGAUCAUCGAUCAGUCUCCCAGAAGUCUGAGAGCCCGCGAAAGAGAAUUAAAUAUGACAAGCAGCUGAUCGUCCCUAGGGACAUUUUAAGAAGACGAAACGUAAAGACGGUCAUACUGACCGAGAAGGAUUUUAGGUCGGUCAGGAAGAAUCGUCGCGUUUCAAACGAUGAUUUUUGGGAAUUCGAUGAAGAUGCGGAUAAGAAUGAACCGGUGGAAGGUAUUUUGGUUUCUGAGUUACCCUUCAAGCCUAAGGUGGAUAUAGGGAAUUUGGUGAGAGUCACCGCUGAUGAAUAUUGCCCUUUGACUUUGGAGGAUGAAGCUUCUUGCGGUGAAACUUUUAAAUGGGACUGUUAAUUUAUUUAUAUUGAAUAAAUAAAUUUAAAUUUUAUCAUUGGAUUGAAGAUCGAUAGAUAUUGUUUUAUAUAACUACGCAAGGAACAAAUGAAAUGUUUCCUUCUAGGAGGUAUUAUCUUUAAUAUAUUAUUUAUGUAACUGCGGCUCGCUGUAAUUUACAAAUUCCAUUGAAAGACAAUCUAUAAAAGUUUAUAUAAAAUAUUUUUAGUAUACUAUAUAGUUUAUAUCGAAUAAAUAAUAUCUGCGUUUAACUUUAAUAUUUACUUAAUUAACUUCCUCAUUAUCUUUGUUCAUUAUAAUAGGCUUAUGAAAAAUAAAAAUUGUAUUAUUUUAACCGUCUUAAUUAUUCACUACUCGCUUUAUUAAAAGCAACUUUUGUACACUGCAGAAGCGUAUAAGGUAAUAAAUAAAUUAAAUUACAGUACCAUCAAGUUUUAUAGACACGUAACGUUCCAAUUAUCAGUAUGUAAAAAUUGCGAAUAAAAUAUGUCAAAUGGCAAAUGAUUUCCCGCUGAGAAAAGUGUUUCAUUUAUUUUCUAAAAUGAGCUGAGGAAGCAUUUUAUGUGUAAGAAUAUAGAGACAUUAUUUAUAGAAACUUUUUCUACGGUUGAAGAAGUCUCGACAGGUUUUAAAAUGUGCCCCAUCACUUCAACUGCAUAUUCGAUGCAACUGUCCGUAAAGAAACUUUCAAACGAUCGGAAUGCAAGGGAACAGUCGCCUCUGUUAACUUGAAUACGAUGAACCAUAUUUUUGAGAAAUUAAUCAUACGUUAAUCACCGAUAAAAGAACAGAAAAAGGGUUCAAUGUUACAACGAUCUGGGUCAAUGCUAAUUGCACUGUUGUCUUACAAUAUUUUAUACAGGAAAAAGUUCUUCAAAGGUAUCAAGGAUUCGGAAAAAAAAUAAAAACUCAAGUUUAUAAAAGAGAAAAUAAUCAGCGUCGUAUGAUUAUACGAUA